AUGCAACAUGAACUAAAAUAUAUAGCUCAUGAUGUUGGACUUCAUCUCUUUUGUGGACCAAAUGGAAGUGAAUACCUUUCUGAACUACAUGAACUUGUCGACGAACUCGAGGACUUGAUGUCGAUUACAUUCGAUGCUAAAUGGCUUAACAUAGACGGUAUCCGUUGGUUAUUGCCUGCAUCUUAUCGAUUGCGACAACGUAUUGCUGCAUUUCGUGAUAACUUCAAAACUAUUCUGAUGAAAUUAAUCGAUCGUUCUCAGUCCGAUAACGAUGAAAGUGAUUCAGUUCUUGCUCGUUUUAUUCGCGACUCAACUGAUUGUGAGAUUUCUUUCGAAGAAUUCAUGGACACAACUAUCGAAGGUUUACUAGCGCCAACCGAAGGAUCAGCAGCCACAUUUACCUACACACUUAUUCUGCUAGCACAAUAUCCUCACGUUCAAUCAAAACUACGUGAAUCGAUUCAACAUUUAGGAUAUUCAUUUAAUUUAAACGAUCUACACGACAUCAAGUAUCUUGAUCAUAUUCUUAGUGAAUGUCAACGUCUCUAUCCAAUAUUUAUGUUUAAUGCGCCAGAAUCAGCCAGUUGCGAUAUGAUUAUCGACAAUAUUUUCUUGCCGAAGAAUAGCAUGGUCAUUCUUGAUGUUAUCUCACUCAAUCGAAAUGAAGAUGUUUGGCCACAACCACUGGUAUUCAAACCAGAACGAUUCGAAUCAAUUACGGAAGAACAACGGAAAGCAGUGCAUUCUUUUGGUAUUGGACGUAACCGACGUUGUUUAGGGGAACAUAUGAUCAAAGCCAUCCACAAAUUGUUAGUUGCUCAUAUUGUUCAACGGUAUGAAAUUCGCUUGCCAGAACCAAUCGAAAUCAUCAAACGAAAACGUCGGCCAUUUAUUUAUGUACCCGAACAACGUCUUCAUUUUAUUCCAUUUUAA